CUUCAUCUGCAGAGGCAUAAUGACAUAUUCUGUAUAGAGUUCAAUAAAACACUGCCCCUCCAGUCCAAACAACCUAACGACCAUUCACCUGAUAAUCUAACUGAAACCAUGUCUUGGAAACACCAGUGGGAUUACCACGAGGCCCAAACCAGCAUCAUAGAAAGACUCCACAAAGAGUGGACCCCGCCAGCUGCGCCUUGCGCCACACCUAGUACUAGUUUGGCCACAAAACGAAAUGGGACACUGGUGCCAAAUUGUGAGGAAGAAAAGUCAAAGCCCAAAAAGCUAAAGUGCGAUAAAGUGCAACAGAUGAGGCGAUGCUACACGUACAACUUGCAAAUGAACGAGUCACACAUAUUUCUGUCACAGAAGAGUUGCCAAGAUGUCAGGAUGCAUGAACUAAAGGCAAAGUUGACCCAAGUCAGACUCCAGAAGAACAACGCUCUGUCCAACAGUGGAGUGAAAAGAGAGAUCAUUAAACCUUCUGAGCUACACUACACAGUUUUCCAAUACUCAGGGCCUGAUAGGUCCCACUCUGGAACAACCCUGGUUUUUAAGAGAGCAUAUCCACAGAAGGCACAUUUGAUGUCCUCAGCCCAUAGCAAUAGGCUAAAGGACUCACCAAAACCUUUUCACCUAGAACUGCCACAGUGUCACUUGAGAGUUGGCAAUGUGGUGCCAAGGCAGCAAGCCAAGAUUCUCCAACAGCAGCAGGUGAAACAAAAUGGCCACGCUGCUGUUAACAUCAUUGGACUGUGAAUGGUAAAACCUGAUAUGACUUGUAUAUCCAAAAGUGCAGAGAAAACAGGACUUCCCCCAUCUAUAGACAAGGCCACAAGCUUGCGCGAAACUUCACCCUAAUUAACCAUCAAGCUGAAGUUUCAGGAGUAUCUAUGAGUUAAAUAGGCAUUUACCCCAAAUCUCAGCCUAAGUGUCCUUCAGGCUGGGGGCCGAUAGACAGCCAUUUGCACAGGUUGGUAAGUACUGGAUUAAGGGAAUUAAAAAAGUGCAACCAACUUUG